AGUACGACUUACCUAGACACGUCAUACUUCAUCAGCUGCCAAAACCAGAAGAUGGAAAAUAUUGACCGUUUCUUAUGUAAAAUAUUAACAUUUCAGAUUAGGAACCAGUCAGUUUGCAGGUUUGCAAGAUGAGUGCAGGACCAUUAGUAAUUGAAGUGAUUUGUACUUGCUGCUUGGCAGCUUUCUUGUUGCAUCGAUAUGGGGAUCUCAGAAAGCAGAAUAUUUUGACAACUUUAAUAACAUUCAUCGCUUGGUACUUUUCAUUUCUGAUCAUAUUUGUACUGCCACUGGAUGUCUCUUCUACAUUUUAUCGACAAUGCUUGAAAGACAAAGCCCCAAGAAUUCUUACAACAACAACUCCCAAAUUUUUAAAUGUAACGACAACAGCAGAUGGAAACACAUCAGCAACUUCUGCAUCUUCCACACCUGCUGUACAGAGCCUUGGUCAAGUUCAUGUUUCUCCAUGUGAAAUCCCACUCAGCCAUGUUCCAGAAAAUGUUUUACCCACUCUGUGGCAAGUGGUUUAUUGGACAUCACAACUGUUAACAUGGAUAAUUUUACCACUCAUGCAGUCCUAUUCCACAGCUGGUGACUUCACCGUGGCUGGCAAGAUUAAGACUGCUCUGAUAGAAAACGCCAUAUACUACGGUUCUUAUUUACUGAUAUUUGGAGUGUGCUUGAUUUAUGUUGUUGCCAAAGCAGAUCUCCAAGUUGAUGCAGAAAGAUUAAAAGUUAUAGGAAUAACAGCCAGCAAUACCUGGGGUCUCUUUCUGUUGAUUCUGUUGCUUGGUUAUGGUUUGGUGGAGGUACCUAGAUCUGUGUACAACAGCUGUAAAAAGGGAUUCGUCCUGUCCAAAACAUAUUUCAAGAUCUCCAAACUCAGCACUGAUAAAACAGAAGCCGAUGAAGCUUUGGAAGAUGUCUUGGAUGAGAUCAAAAAGGUUUCAGAGAAGAUCAAGUAUAACCACCCUUUGAGGAAGCAUGUUGAUACAAUUUUACUAAAGUGUCCCGAGACAAUGCGUCAUGCUGUUAAACAGAAUAAUGAUGACUACGAAGAUUACAAUAGGAGCAGUGUUGACAUUCCUAAUGAAAAAACACUUGUGAGACUCCACAAGCGAGUCAUUCGGGACUCCCAAAAUCACCAUCGCACACAUGCCCAGUGGAACUCACUGAUGCAAAAAGCCAUCGCUUUGGAAGAUGUGGAGAAGAACGAACAGAGUGCAGUUCAUAAAUUCCAGAGAUCACAACAUUCCGCCUCAGCAUUGCCAGCUUUUGUACGCAUUGUGUACACGCCUGCAGUAGAGUGGUACUGGCGGUGUAAGGUCUAUUUCUGGCUGAUGAGGGUGUGUGGUAUCCUUCUUGCCAUCAUGACCUUUAUGGUGGUGUGGUCAGAAUGCCUCUUCUUUGUCAAGGACCCUGUCCUUUCACUGUUUGCUGUCUUCAUCAAUGCUGCAAAACAUAACUAUGAUUAUGUUUUUAUAGAGUUGUCAUCCAUUUUAAUUAUUGCCUACCUCUGCUUCUGUGCGUACUACAGCGUGUUCCAGAUUCGAAUACUCAACUUGUACUACAUAGCACCACACCAUCAGACUGAUGAAUUCAGUCUCAUGUUUACUGGCAUGAUGCUGUGUAGAUUGACCCCGCCCAUGUGUUUGAAUUUCCUGGGACUGAUUCAUCUUGACAGCCAUAUCACAAAGGAGGAUAAUCUGGAGGAAACAUCAUACACACAGAUCAUGGGCCACAUGGAUGUAAUAUCAUUUAUCUCGGAUGGCUUUAACAUUUACUUUCCUAUGAUACUAGUCCUGUUGUGUAUCUGUACGUUCUUCAGCCUGGGGAGUCGAAUCCUCCAUUUUCUGGGGGUCCAGCAGUUUAUCGGGGAUGAUGACAUGACCCAGGAACUGGUGGAUGAGGGGAGACAGAUUGUACAGAGAGAGAAGAGGAGUCGAGAUAGAAAACUUGACAGUGCAGAGAGAAGGCGUGAGUGGACAGAAAGAUUUGGAACAACUUCCCAGUCUUCGGACCGAAUCAUUGGAUCCAGAGCCGACAGAGAAAGAGAGAGGGAGCGGGAAACCUUGGCAAGGAGCCCGGAUGACAAUGAUAAAACUGAGCUGCUGAAGGAAGCAGAACCUAUAGACUACACAGGUGAACUGCCAAGCACAGCCGACCCAUUUAGUUCAGGGUCUGAUAUUUCACAAGGAUAUCAGAGGGCCUCAUCACUUAGAUCCAGCAGGUUUAGUUCAAGGACUUCUGGUGCACCCCCAAGGGGAAUAUUUGAUGAUGUAUGACAUAUGUCAAAAUAGGGAAAAAUUUAAUAUUCACUGCACAUGUGUUUACUAUUAGAUGUAUUAAAAUUAUAUUAAGUAUUUAAGGUAAUAUAUUUGAGAGCAAUGCUUCUGUAAGUAGAAAUAGAUGUACAGGGUAUAAAUACUCUGGUAACACCGCUGUUAGUUGUCCAAGAAUGGAAACCAAAGAAAAUGGUCUGAAUCUCAUAUUAAGAAGCUUUAGAACAUCUUUAUUUGUUGAUGUUGAAGAUAAUUGAAAGUUAUCACUCAAACAUUUUUCAUAUAAAAAAGAAGGUAUACACAUUUUGCAUUAAGCACUGUGAUUCUUUUAUUUAAUUUGUUUGAAAACUUUUUCUAGUCAGUUUGUGUAAUAGAAAUGUGAGUUUUUAGCACAAUGUUUAAGCAUUUAUUGUAACAACUUUCAAGGUAAUUUAAAAUCUGAGUUUGGUUGGUAGGGCAUUAUUUGGGGAAAAAUUGCUUUGGAGGGAAAUUUAAAAUAAGAUGGCAUACUUGUAAUACAUGUACUAGCUGUUUUACAUUGUAUAUUUAAGUAUAGACUUUAGAUUAUGCAUACAUGAGUAAAUCAGGGAAAAUAAUGGGAAUAUUAAUGAAAUGCAAUUUGUUGUUUUGGGAUGUUUGUGAUGAUUCUUGUAGCAUUCCCCAUGUUUUACAUGUUAUGAGCAAUAGAAAUUUCAUAUGUUGUGAAGAUGUGGUAAUUUACUUACAUUGUUACAUGUCCAUGUACUUAUUCUGCACAAUUUUACCUUUAUG